AUGGAUUCUUAUCCAUUCUCGCAAUCCUCUAAAUUUGUUGAGCUAUUAAAUAGUCAACAAAGCAUCUUCUUUGGCAACAAUGACGACAUUGUUUCACUGUCUUCAUCACAAUCUCCGUCUGUAGGCAAUCUUGGAACCGAAGAUGGUGGAGAGACUGAUCCAGUUGUGAGCAAUGAACAAAGGUCAGACGCUUUCUGGACAAGAGUAGCGGCUUACUUUGCGGCAAGUCGUCAAGAUGGUGGAUGUGACCAGAGAGAAUCUAGGCAUUGCAAGCAACGUUGGCACCGGAUCAAUGAUCUCGUGUGCAAGUUCGCUGGAGCCUACGCAGCUGCAAGCAGGGAGAAGACGAGCGGGCAAAAUGAGAAUGAUGUGCUGAAACAAGCACAUCAGAUAUUCUACACUAACCACAAGCAGAAAUUCCUCCUUGAACAUGCCUGGAAAGAGCUGAGGAACGACCAAAAGUGGUGUGAGCAAGCGUCUGCUAAAACCGAAGGAAGCUGCAAAAAAAGAAAGGCUGAAGAUGGUGCUGGUUCUUCAAGCUCCCAAGCAACUGAAAUGAAGCGUCCAGCGGGUGUUAAAGCCGCCAAGGCUAGUGGCAAGAAGACUGUGGCUGAGGAGAAUGCGAUGAAGGAGUUUCACAGCAUGUUGUCAUUAAAACAACAGGAUCUCGCCGUGAAGGACCGCAUGUCUAAGAUGAGCCUACUGGAAAGUCUGAUAGCCAAAAAAGAUCCCCUUGUCGAGUACGAAGAAGCCCUGAAGAAGAAGCUGGUUGAUGAGUUGAUGUUGUCUUAA